AUGACCAAGUUGACUGGAAUGUGACGUCACCGUGACGUCACAUUCCAGUCCUUUGAUGUUGGCAUCAUGUUGGUGUACACAGCUCUGUGUUCACUGUUGGACAGAAUUCAGGAGAAGACUGAAGAAGUUUCCAGUGAACAACAACAUGGACAGCAGCACAAAGGACGCCGGGACAGGCAGCAGCUGGGACAGGGACGGCCUCUACAGGAUGGAGAGACAUCUGGACACUCUGAGCUCUGAGCUGUCCGUCAUUAAAGCUGAACUGUGGUGCUACGAAAUCUGUGAGGAGGGACGAAGUGCAGUGAAGGCAGCACAGAGAGACGCCGUACAAAGAUGCCUGUUUCUGGAGGUUCAAAUGGAAGAGCUGUAUGAGAAGGUGAAGCAGAAGAGAAACCACGAAGCAGCCAUCGAGCAGCUGAGAGAGAGCCGAUCUCACAGACAAAGACUAGAAGAAGAAAUUCUGGAUCUGCAGGAACAGCUCAGAAAAGUUCCUGAGAUGACGGCUGAGGAGGUGAGGCUGCAAAACAAAGCCUUAGAGCAGGAAAUGAAGCUGUUGUUGGAGAAACACCGAGUCCUCAAAGCCGACAACGCAGAGAAGGAGAUGCUCCGCCUGCAGAACGAAUCUCUUCGUCAGGAGAUUUCAAACAUGGCAACGAUACAGACCCUGAGCCAGGAAAACAAGGCUCUGCAGCAGGACCUCCAGGAUCUACAGUCCAAGUACAGACAGGAGAACAAGUGGGAGCUUCUGUACACCGAGAGCGUCAACCGAGUCAACGCUUUGUCCAGAGACAACGAGGGGUUGAGACAUCAAAUCCAGAAGGUCGGUCAAAAGCUCCUGGUCACAAAAGGUCUGGAGGAACAACACCAAAGGCUGAAAGAUGAGGAGAAGGCUCUGACUGAACAGAACAAAGGCCUGAUCAAGACCCACUCAGAGAUGGUCAAGAGACUGAUCGUAGAAGAAGAGUGGAUCUAUAAAUGUCAUGUCGCGGAGAGGAAAAGGGAUGAGUUGGUCCAAGAAAACCAACAACUGAAGGAAAAAGUCAGAGACAAACAAGGCCGACGAUGUCUGCGCGACUUAGAGUUUGAUUUUAAAACUCUGAGCACAGACGAGAAGUUUCUGACUAAAGAGAGGAACUCUCUGAAGAAAGAAGUCCAGAUGCUGAUGAAACAAGAGGCCAAGGAAAAAGACUGGACAACCAAGACUGACUUGAUCAAAGUGAAGAACGAAGCUUUGAGCCGAGAGAUCAGGCAGCUCCACCAGAACAUUGAGGAGCUCCAGAGCUCGCUGUGUGGCGAGCAGACUCUGGAGAGCAUGUACAGGUCUCUGAAAAGUGACAAAGACGCCAUGAAGAAGAAAAACGAGGCCCUCCGAAAACAACUCAACAAGCUGAACAAGCAGAUGGAGAGAGAAAGACCUCUGGAGGCCAAAUGUACCGCGAUGACGGAGCAGAAAGAGAAGGUCAUCCGGGAACAUGAAGAACUCGUGAAGGAGAUCAACGUCGGGAAGGUCAAACUCGAAACUGCGGUGUGAUGUUGGACUUUCACGUCUGUUUGUACCAUGAAAUUAUGAAUUAUAUUAUUAUAGUUUCGAGGAGACAUCGUACAAACAUCGUACCGUCUUUUUCUAAUCGUGGCGUUGUGGUUUACUCCGGGAGCUCCGGUUUCCCCACACGUAACACGUAACACAUAACUUUAACAAACAAAAAAAUCCUUUACAAACUGUUUUUAUGGUUCCAUCGUACAAACAUCGUACCGCCUUUUUCUAAUCGUGGCGUUGUGGUUUACUCCGGGAGCUCCGGUUUCCCCACACGUAACAUGUAACACGUAACUUUAACAACAAAAAAAUCUUUCUUUACGAGACAAACUGUCUGUAAAAGUGUUUUAUACUUUUAUAAUAAACUUUAUUACAAUUUAUGUAAAUGAAAUGUGUCCAUGUGUUGAAUGUUUUGAAGAGUCUGGUUUAUUAGCACACAUCAAAACUUUAAUAAAACAUAAGAAAAAGAAAAUUACUGUAUUAAUUAGACUUUUUGCUGCUACACAGUUUGAAUUGUUGCUACUUUCAUGUUUAGUUUUUUGUACCAGGCUGUAAACAUGUUUAUUUCUGCUGUGAAGUUGGACAUUUGGACAUGGGGACUUAUGGAGACUGACUCACUUCUGGAGCCAGCCUCAGGUGGACGUUAGAGGAACUGACACACACACACACACACACACACACACACACACACACACAGUGGUGGAUGCAGUGCAUGUGUUCAGUCAGCAGGUGGAGCUGUUGGAGAAUAAACUGACGGAGCAGAAAGAGAGAAAGUGAAGUUCAGAGAAAAAGAGAGAGAGAGGACUUCCUGUUUGGAGCCACACCUCAGAGAGAGAGAGAGGGAGAGGGAGGGCGAGCGAGCUUCAUGAUUCAGUCUGCAGCCUUCAGCCUGACCGGAUCCUCUUCUUCUUCUCUGGUUGGACCUGGAGCUGUUCUGAUUGGUUCUCGUCCCUCUGAGGAUCUCUCCUGUUCCUCUCGUGGCGUACAGUUCUGUCUCUGGUCGGAUAUUUUGGGGUUUUUUGGGUUUUUUGGGGCUUCUGGUCUGUUUGUUGCUGCUGGUGCAGUUUUUGUCUGAAUGC